UGUGUGUGUGUGUGUGUGUGUGUGUGUGUGUUGGAGAGGACGGGUGUCAAUGACAGAGAGGGGAGCAGAGAAGCUACAGUUUGGAGACGGGAGGUAUUCUGAAGCUACAACUCUCGGACCGGUGGCCACCGCUGUGUGGAAUUUGGUGGCGGUCGUUGCAUUUCUGCAGAAAAGCCAUACAGAGGCGGCCAAUGACAAUUCCACAACAGAGCACAGGAAGGAGACACGUGGAAACCAGCCAAACAAGAUGAUCCUGAACACGGUGCUGGUGGUCCUGACGGACCUGGCCGCUCACAUCCUGGGUAGCAAACUGUUCCGUCAGCAAUUCCACCUGUUGCUGUCCGCGGUGUUGAUGUUCGGUCCUGGACUGAGCCUCUGGGUCUCCCAGCACAGCGUCUUUGCCAAGAAAACCCACUUCCUCUACAGGAUAUUUUUACGCUCUGGUUGGGGCUGGACCUGCAUUUUUGUUGGCUCUUUCCUUUUCCUCCUCUCCUUCUCCAUCCGUCGAUCGCUGUCUCUCUCCAUCCGUCACCUCUCCCGGCUCGGGAUUGCUGGUGGACUGUGGCUCUGUUUCUGCAAACUUCUGGACCUUCUGGAGAAUGCCACAGGAAGCUGCUACGAAACUUUAGCCAACAGCCAAGAGAUCACCAACGGGCAACCUCUGCUGGUGUUACGGGAAGGGGAGAUCAAGUCGGAAUGCCUCAGAGCUGGGAUGUUGUGGAGAGGGUAUGAAGUUUCAGAAGAUGUCUUCCUUCUUUGUCUUUGCUGUCUGCUGCUGGCAGAGGAAACUGCUGUUUUUGGUCCUUACCUGAGCCUGGGUGGGUUUUCAGAUGCUCCUCUGAGGAUCCUCUUCCUGUUCUGUGUUCUCCUGCUCUGGCUCUGGAUCUUCUUGCUGCUCUGUCUUCUGGCCUACUUCCCUCAGUUCCCCACCCAGUUGUUAGGGGGCGCUCUUGGCUGUUUGAGUUGGAGGCUACUAUAUCAGGGCUGGUACCGUCUGGGUCCAAGCUGGUACUGCCCCGGGAGACCUGGAAUGGGACUACUCAACACUAAGACUGAAGCAAAUGAGGACGGACAAUUGAGCCAAAAUCACAAUUAAGAAAAAACAAACCUGUCCAGUUUCUUUUGUUGUCCUCACAUCUCAAGUUAAGACAUUUAACAUCCUAAAAAUCUCUAAGGAUUUAUCACAGCAGUUUUUUGCUUUAAUCAAAGCACUACUACUAGGCAUGGGUCUUUCUACUGCAUGCCAACCAGCUAAUACAUGCCCAAUGUAUGUGACAACAUUUGUUAUAUGAACUCAAGUUGGAAAAGUUUGAGAAAAUGUAACUUUACGGAACCCAGUUCAGAUUUCUUUGGGCUACAGAGAUGAACAACUACAGAAUUUGAUGAUUACAUGACCUGACAGUUAACAACCAAAUCCACCCAGUACUUCAAGUAAACGGAGAACAUGGGUAAUGAAUGAACGAAACAAGCCAAUAGUAUGAAACCAAAAGGUCCAUUUGCUUCCCUGUAGGGGUAUUUAACAUUGGUGAGAUAGUUGGAUGACUACAGACAAUGUGUAAAGAUAUUAUUACACAGUCAGUUUUUCUUCUUUGUUCAGAUGUAUUGCUGUCAGUUGUAUUCUGAAACUACAAAUACAGUGAUUAAAAGGCUCUAAACUUA